ACUGAGUUUUGUACGCAAAGAAGCAGAAUUCUCUCUAACACUUUCUCUUCCUUCCCCCCCUUUCCCUGCCUCCACCCUUCUAAUGGUCAAGUCUCACACUCCUUCCUCCAUUCAUGGGGCUAUCACCAUCUCUCCUGUACCUGUUGCUCUUCCUCCUCUUCUUCUACCCCUGUGUUCCUCUUGUGGAUUCCUUGAAUGAGGAAGGCUUUGCCCUGCUCUCCUUCAAGGCCUCCAUCAGAGAGGACCCGGAAGGCUCCCUCCGUGACUGGAACUCCUCUGACCCAAACCCAUGCUCUUGGAGUGGGAUCAUCUGCAGAGAAGGCGUGGUAGUCUCCCUCAGCUUCCCCAAAAAGAGGCUCUCAGGCUUCCUCCCCUCUGCUCUCGGCUCCCUGCCUUCCCUUGGACACAUCAACCUCAGGAACAACUGGCUCUAUGGUAUACUACCCCCCGAGCUAUUCGCCGCCAGGGGCCUCCAGAGCCUGGUUCUCUACGGGAAUUUCCUCUCCGGCUCUCUCCCGCCGGAGAUCGGCAAUCUCUCUUACCUCCAAACCUUAGACCUUUCACGAAACUUGUUCAAUGGCUCCAUACCCAGCUCCUUGGUCCAAUGCAGGAGGCUCAAGACUCUCGUCCUCAGCCACAACAACUUCACCAAUUCCUUGCCUGAUGGCUUCGGCAACAGCUUCAUUGAGUUGGAGAAACUAGACCUUUCCUACAAUGGAUUCGAUGGUUCGAUCCCCGGUGGCAUCGGUAAUCUCUCUAGCCUUAAAGGAACUGUGGACCUCUCCCACAACAUGUUCUCCGGUGCAAUCCCUCCGAGCCUGGGGAAUUUGCCGGAGAAGGUCUAUAUCGAUCUCACUUACAACAAUCUCAGCGGUCCGAUACCGGAGAAUGGAGCUCUGGAGAACAGAGGCCCGACUGCGUUCAUUGGAAACCCCGGCCUCUGCGGCCCACCAUUGAAGAACCUGUGCUCUGCCGGUGUACCUUCGUCGGAUCCUUUUAUGCCCACCACUUACACACCUCCAGCGUUGGAAGCAAAUAACAAUGAGAAUGGCAGCAGCAGCAGCAGCCGCCAAGGACUGAGUAGAACUGCAGUGGCUGCGGUUGUAGUGAGUGAUGUGGUUGGAAUUGGCAUUAUAGCAAUGGUGUUCUACUGCUGCUACCAGUGGGAGACUUCUUCCAAGAGGAGGGAAGAGGGUGGCAAUUGCGACAAAGGGACCGAGGGAAGGAAGGAGUGCAUGUGCUUUAGGAAAGAAGAGUCAGAGUCCUGGUCCGAAAAUGUUGAGCAAUAUGAUCUAGUGCCAUUGGACCAGCAUGUCAGCUUCAAUUUGGAUAUGCUUUUGAAGGCUUCUGCUUUUGUCCUGGGGAAAAGUGGGAGGGGGAUCGUGUACAAGGUUGUGCUGGAAGAUGGAUUAAUCUUGGCUGUUAGGAGGUUGGAUGAUGGAGGUUCACUAAGGUUUAAAGAUUUCCAGAUGGAGGUGGAAGCUAUUGGAAAGGUUACGCAUCCUAAUAUUGUUGUCCCCAGAGCUUAUUAUUGGUCAGUUGCUGAAAAACUGCUUAUUUAUGAUUACAUACCUAACGGCAACCUCUCUACUGCAAUUCAUGGGAGAGAUGGAACAAUGGCUUUUGCACCUCUACCAUGGGAUGUGCGACUAAAGAUCAUGAAAGGGAUAGCCAAGGGCUUGGCCUUUUUGCAUGAUUUCAGCCCAAAGAAGUACAUUCAUGGAGAUCUUAAACCUAACAAUAUACUUCUUGGACUGAACAUGGAACCUUACAUUUCUGAUUUUGGCCUCGGGCAGCUCGCUAACAUAACAGGAGAAUCCGCAUUGCCGCAGUCGGAGAGGAUAGCUGCUGAAAGAACUCAGAACCAGCAGUUAGAUGUUUCAAGCAGUCCCCUUGUGAGUAAAGGGUCGUGUUAUCAAGCUCCUGAAGCAUUGAAAACACUAAAACCAUCCCAAAAAUGGGAUGUUUACUCAUAUGGGGUGAUUUUACUCGAAAUGAUCUCUGGUAGAUCUCCAAUUGUUCUGUUAGAGAAAUUGGAAAUGGAUCUAGUUCGUUGGGUUCAGCUCUGCAUUGAUGAAAACAAGCCCCUCUUGGAUAAUUUGGAUCCUUUUCUAGCUCGAGAACUAGAUAAGAAAGAUGAGAUUAUUGCAGUACUUAAAAUUGCUUCGGCUUGUGUACAAGCCAAUCCUGAUAAGAGACCAUCAAUGAGGCAUGUUGUGGACACACUGGACAGGUUAACUAAUGCAAGCUAAAAAUAUCUGUAACAAUCCAAGGUAGCGAUUUCCAUAUAUCCUCUCACUGCCUUCUUGAUAUCUGAAGUGCAGAACACAGGUUACUCUGCUGAACAGGGAGCAUUUUGAGAAACCAAGCUUUGGCAUCAUUUUGCUUAAUAAUGAGAUAUGGUUCUUUCUUAGGAUCUCUUCCACUGUAUUGCUGUUGAUAUACUUUGUGACUAGCUUGUUCAGAAGUAUCUAUUGAUGACUGUUUUGCCAUUAAUGUAUAAUGUAAAUGUGCAGGCAGGAACAUCUUUAAUGCCAGUCAUUUGUGUACCCGCUUUGUGUUGGAAACUCUGGUAAUCAUAGGAUUGUGGAAGCUAAAUCAGUAA